AAUGAAGGGGAUUUGACUUUUCUUGUUAAAAAAAAGACCUAACUUUUCAUUACAUAUUUUUCUCAAACCCCUUCCGUCCCUUCCUUUCUCCAUCCAAUUCGAUUCCUUCUUCUUCUGAUUUUACUCAAUUCAUUCAUUCAUCAGUCAAUCACUUUCCUUUUUUUUACAAUACUCUUUUGACGAAAUUUCCCCACUUUGAUUCUCCCCAUUUUUAUCUUCUUUCUUUUUGAUUCUUGGGUUUGUUUCCUGUUACGAAUCCAGCUUCUUUUUCUAUAUGGUCCGUCGAUUCUCCCCGAAUUCAAUGGCUUCUUUCUUUCAUCCGACGGUUUCUAUAAUCAACACUUUCGUUUUCCCUCAUCAUUGAUGAUUUCCGUUUUCUUCCACUAAUCUUUCUUGCCCUUUCCCUGAUUUUGAUUCUUGUACUUGGGGGAGAGAGAGAAUCUUAUUUAAUUUAACAAGGGAAUUUUUCUUUUUUUAAAGGAGAAAUAUGAGGAUGGUGAAGUCUCAGAUAUGGCAACCCUGUAAGAAGAAGAGGUCUUGAUCGGAAGGAUCUAGAAAAAGAUAUAGACAUAGGGUCGGGCAGCGAGAGAGAGAGAGAGAGAAAGGGGUUAUCGGAAAUGGACGGCGGGGGUGUGAGGUUGAAGGCGGCGAGUUCGAGCAAUGGUGGAAGAACCCGCGUGGGAAAAUACGAAUUGGGUAAAACCCUUGGGGAGGGUAACUUUGCCAAGGUUAAGUUUGCUCGGAAUUCAGAGACCGGGGAGAACGUGGCGAUCAAAAUUCUUGAUAAGGAGAAAGUUCUUAAGCAUAAGAUGAUCAGUCAGAUUAAACGUGAGAUAUCAACCAUGAAAUUAAUUAGGCAUCCAAAUGUCAUCCGUAUGAUUGAGGUGAUGGCUAGCAAGACCAAAAUAUAUAUUGUGUUGGAGUUUGUCACUGGUGGGGAACUAUUUGACAAGAUUGUUAGUAGAGGCAGGAUGAAGGAAGAUGAAACAAGAAAGUAUUUUCAGCAACUUAUUAAUGCUGUGGAUUAUUGUCAUAGCAGAGGUGUUUUUCACAGAGAUCUAAAGCCGGAGAAUUUGCUGCUUGAUGCUAAUGGCGUUCUUAAAGUUUCAGAUUUUGGUUUGAGUGCACUGCCUCAGCAAGUUCGGGAAGAUGGAUUACUGCACACAACAUGUGGGACUCCAAAUUAUGUUGCUCCGGAGGUGAUCAAUAAUAAAGGCUAUGACGGCGCAAAGGCUGACUUGUGGUCAUGUGGUGUAAUUCUUUUUGUUUUGAUGGCUGGUUAUCUACCCUUUGAAGAUUCCAACCUGGUUGCGUUGUACAAGAAGAUACACAAGGCUGACUUCACUUGUCCACCAUGGUUCUCUACUAACGCAAAGAAACUUAUCAAAAGAAUUCUGGAUCCCAAUCCCUCAACGAGAAUUACUAUUCCAGAGGUAAUUGAGAAUGAAUGGUUUAGAAAAGGUUACAAGCCGCCUACUUUUGAACAAGCUGAUAUAAGUCUUGAUGAUGUGGACGCUAUCUUCAACGAAACAGGGGAUUCGGGUAGUCUUGUUGUGGAAAGGAAAGAGGAAGGAUCUAAAUCCCCUCUUACGAUGAACGCAUUUGAGCUUAUAUCUAAAUCUCAAGGACUCAACCUCAGUUCUCUUUUUGAGAAACAAAUGGGAAUUGUUAAACGGGAAACAAGGUUCACAUCCAAUCGACCUGCGAAAGAGAUCCUUUCAAAAAUUGAGGAAACUGCAUUGCCUUUGGGUUUUGAUGUGAAGAAAAACAACUACAAGAUGAAACUUCAAGGUGAAAAAACAGGUCGUAAAGGCCAUUUAUCAGUGGCAACAGAGAUUUAUGAGGUUGCUCCAUCACUGUACAUGGUUGAGCUCCGCAAGGCUGGAGGAGAUACAUUAGAAUUUCACAAGUUUUAUAAGAGUCUCAAGACUGGGCUGAAAGAUAUUGUCUGGAGACAUGAAGAGGAUCUGGAUGGAGAUACUGGUGCUAGUGUCUCACAGUCGUCAAGGUAAUUGUUUUCUUCUCUAGAAGUUGUUUUAUAUUGGUUGAAGUUUGAGAGAGUGAUAAUACAGUCAACUUCUUGUACCUUGAUUUUAAACUCAAAUGGUAUUUUGCUGUCAUUUGAUUGAACCACGAACUUCUUUUGUUACUGACAGCAGCAUAUUCGAGUCUGUAUUGUGGUUUCGUCCAUUACGUCAUAAAUAACUAAAAUAUUGUUUCUAUACGUGAAUAUUGUCAUUGCAAAAUAAUAAUUUUAUCUUUUAUACAUUA